AUGGCGCCCUCAUUGGAAGUCGCACCCAUACCUCAAUCUGGUCUUCCUCAGUCGUCUCCCAAUCUCAUGCCCUUUCAUGUCGAGCACAACGGCGCAGCAGCCAUAUCUACCUACAUGCCAAUUGAAGCUGCUCCAGACAACGUAGCUAAACCAGCGGCAACUACGCCUGACGCUGAAACACCAGAAAUCGCGGGUUCUCGGCCAGAGGACACACCCAUGCCUCUAGAAACAAUACCUACGCCGGACACAGCGACUCGUUUCAUGACGUCUUUCCGAGGACGAACUAUGCACGGCCUGAAGGUACCGCUUCCACAGGGAUAUACCGGUCUUUUGCUCAAUGGCGACGGCGUUCUGAGCUCCGGGAUCAAACCCAGCAAGUCAGGCGUCAAGAUCAAGCCUAAGACGACGGGACGAAGCUCGCGGAGUGUCACUCGUGCCGACGAUGUCGAGAUGGACAGUGAUCAACCCUCAACAACAACACGGACUCUGCUGCCCGUGUCUGAAUUCUCAUCUUUUGUUCUGUGGCAACCAGACAUCCCUGUGGACGUUGGAGAGAUGAAUAUGCACGAUCGCUAA